CAGUGAAGUGGUUAGCUGGCGAUGUGACGACGAGUAUGAUAAGAUAAGUUUAAGGCAGGUUGGUUGGCAGGCGUUGUCGCAUUCUAGGAGGAGGACAAUCCAAACGAGGGAAUUUAAGUAUCUUAUAAGGACACACAGCUAACUGGAAUACCUGUGUUGAUAUCAUUUGGGAUAUAGGGCAGUGCGAAGCAGACGAGGGCAGCCCCGCGAGGGCGAGUGUGUACUGUGGCGGUCCUGCUAGCGAAAGAUGAACAAGAACCACCGAGUGCCGACCAACCGAACUCUGAGCGCCGUGGAGGUGAAGAGCAAGUUUGGGGCCGAAUUCCGCAGGUUCUCCCUGGACCGGUCUAAGCCUGGCCGGUUCGAUGAGUUCUAUGGGCUCCUGCAGCACGUGCACCGGAUCCCAAACGUGGACCUGCUGGUGGGCUAUGCCGACGUCCACGGCGACCUGCUGCCAAUCAACAACGAUGACAACUACCAGAAGGCCAUGUCCGUGGCUAACCCGCUGCUACGCCUCUUCCUGCAGAGGAAAGAGGAAGCAGACUACUCUUCAUUUGGUAUGGACUCUCUGACCCGUCCUAAGAAGACGGUCCUAGCGGCCAUGUUGCUACGGCCUGAUGCCAACCGGAAGAAGCCCCCUGUGAUCAUCAGCCUGCCCAGGGACUUCAGGCCUGUCUCCUCCAUCAUCGAUGUGGAUAUCCUCCCUGAGACACACCGCCGGGUUCGCCUCUACAAGCACGGCCAGGAGAAACCGCUGGGCUUCUACAUCCGCGACGGCUCCAGCGUCCGGGUCACGCCCCAGGGCCUGGAGAAGGUGCCUGGGAUCUUCAUCUCCCGCAUGGUGCCUGGGGGCCUGGCUGAGAGCACGGGCCUGCUGGCCGUCAACGACGAGGUUCUGGAGGUCAACGGCAUCGAGGUGCAAGGCAAAUCUCUGGACCAGGUGACAGACAUGAUGAUCGCCAACAGCCACAACCUCAUCGUGACGGUGAAGCCGGCCAACCAGCGCAACAACAUCGUACGGAGUGGCGGGGGCGGGGCAGCGUCCGGGAGCUCGGGGCACUCGUCCGACAGCGGCGGCAGUUUCUACGGCUACUCCUCCCCGGGCGCUGCCAUGGCGACGACUCCGGCACACAUAAUCCAGAACUUCCACCCAGAGGAGCUGGAGAGUGAUGAGGAUGAUGAGGACCUGGUGAUAGAGGUGGACGGAGAGGCCGUGCCCUCCCUGCCCCGCUACGUUCCCCAUCUGGACCUCCGUACCACCAACGGAGCCCUGGCCUCCAGCAACAGCGCCAACUCACUGAGCAGCGCCAACAGGGGCCUGGAGGGAAGGAGCUUAGAGGAGGACGGCACAGUCAUCACACUGUAGACACACACACACUGUCACACUUGCACAUUUACGGUACACAAACACAUAGUCGUACACACACUGAAGCACAUACCUUCAUGCAUACACAAAGAACGCCAACAUCCACACAUGCGUGCCAUAGUAUCGACCCCGCCCUCCCUAUACUGUCUGACAGACAGACACAUUGAUUACCCAUGGUGUUUGUGUGGAGGGGGAAAGUGUCUCAGCCUCGGAGAAGGGCCUCCAACUUCCCAUUCACAACCACAAAAAGCACUUGUUUCUAUUUCGGGAGGGGGAGACUGUUUCUAUGUUCUUCCACUUGAGGGCAGCAAUGAGAUGCUACAAUGUUGUUUUUUCAAUUUUGUGAACCAUAGGAAUGGACUGAUUUUAAUGAAGGAAUGAAUGAUUGCAGAUAUCUUUAGGCUCUGACCUCUCCCUAGCUAUUCUACCCUGGUUUGUUUGAUAGAGGAGACUAUAUUUUACAAUCUGCUUUUGCCUUGUCACUUUACAAACGACAACAACCACUCCCCUAGGUGAUAACAGCAUGUGCUUUGGGAACUAAAGUAAUGGCUUCUAUCCUACAUGUUACCAUAGUAACCAACAGAGUACUGGUCUGCAAUAAUACUCUGAUUUUAGUCUGAGGAGAAACAACAAAUAUGCGUGUCUCUGCAUGGACCCGGACAUGGUUAACCACUAUUCCUGUGUUUGCUCCCCAAGCUUUUAAUGUUGAUAAGCACAAGAAAAAAAACUAGAAGCAAUUAUGCGAAGCAACUGAACUUACAACAUCUCUUAAAGGGACAAUCUGCAGUUGCUACAUCCAAUUUAGACUUUUUUAAAUGUGUGAUAUAUAUACCUAUUGAUUCAU